UUUUUUUUCGGAUUUAGUGCCUUUUGACCCAUGUCGUUUCCCAUAGUAUUUGGCUGUAUCGUAGCAACCACAAGAAAGAGCGUGUGGUUUCUGUGGGACAAAUGACUGCAGAGAAACAAGUAAAAUCACACGAAUAUCCCAGCUGAUGCUAUGGGUCUAGCACUGACGAAGGCAGCCCAGUGGACCACAGCCAGCUCUGGCGCAGCUCACCUCGAGUCAACUCCCAUGAAUGAGUCCUUAUUGAAUGAAAUUUUGCACUUUGUGCAGGACUUCAACUUCCAGCACCCAGAGGAGGCAAACCACAUAUUCAAUCAGCCACUUCAGUGGAGAACAACCCUAGUGGCAUCUGAUUUCACAGCCGACUAUGACAUCAGUGACUCAACUGUACAGUCCCUGGAGCAAAACAGUGAGGGGCAUCCAUUGUUAGAGCUUUCACCUCCCACUAUAACUGUGCACAACUUUAGCCAGCUUUCUAAACUAAUUCACCUAACAAAUCAUAAGAAGAAAGAGGUUCAAGCAUGCAUUGAAGAAAAUAGAGAUCCUGUGGUCAAGAUCCUUGGUUCCUGGUUUGCCACUCUUUUGGAGGGAGGAGACCAUUCACUACAUCUGAUGGAAGCAAUAAAGCAAGAAGACGAUUCCACAAAGUCAGAGGUCAAAGCCAGUCUGUUCCGCUUGCUUCAAAAUAUUGACAAUCAACUCCUGAACAACUGUGUCCAAGAAAUCUCUCAACAAGUCAGGCUCAACCCCACCGCAGUGAAUAAUGAAGUGGAGUCAUUGAAACAGUUGUGUAGUGAAGGGGAGAGGUGGUUAAACUCAGUUUGCUACACAUCAGACUUUGAAUUUUCUAAUGGCUGCCGUGCUCCGCCUUGGAGACAGUUGCAUGGUGAGAUGUGCUACCUUGUGAUUGAUCCUUGUGAUACUGAGACCCUCUACAUCACCUGCAGCAAUGCAGGAGUCUUUCUCAAUGAGGGCAUUAAACAGGUGGGGGAAGAGAACGCCUUUCAACGGACAAGUGAUAUAUAUGAUGACCUGGUAACACUUCUGAAGAGCAGAUCUGCCCAUUUUGCAGGGAACUUAAACAAAGAGGACUGUGCAGUAGAAGAACAAGGUCAACCCAAGACAUCUCAUGAGGAACAUGAUAAGAAUGUGUAUGAGGAGUUGAGGCAGCAUGAGUUGCUGAAAAAACAGGGCAGCAAGAAAAGAUUUGAACCAUGUCCAAGGUGGAAUAAUUUUGGAUUCAUCUGUCCCUCCAGUGAAGCAGAGGAAAAGAAAUCCAAAGGGAGUUCUGGAAAAGAGAUGUCUGGCAAAAUGUUGAGGAAACCUCUGAGACCAAAGAGUACGAUAAAAAGUGACUUCUCUGUUCCUGCUUUACCAAAAAGUACAUCCUGCACAAAAAAUAAAACCUCAAGUCGAGCCAUGCCACUGGAUGGUUUCAGUGAGAGUUCAUCUGAGAGUGAGGAGGAUGAGGACAAAGUAGACAGCCGUCCGACGAGAACCACUGACCGCCCUUCUGAGUACUGGCAAAUCCAGAAAAUAAUCAAGGGCCUCAAGGGGGGCAACCAGACAGCCACUGUUCUUGCUCUAUGCGCCAUAAUGGAUUUUAAUUUAGCUCAGGAGACGUCUCAACUGGCCAUCCGGGAUGUUGGUGGCCUUGAAGUUCUCAUUAACUUGUUGGAAACAGAAGACAGCAAAUGCAAAAUUGGAUCUCUGAAAAUCUUGAGAACAAUUUGUCUCAACUUGCAAAUCCGUCGGGCAGUUGUUGAUAUGGGUGGCCUACAGACCAUCGUGAAGAUUCUGGAUUUGCCAGUCAAGGAACUUAAAGCAUUAGCUGCUGAGACUAUUGCCAACAUAGCCAAGUUCCACCGAGCAAGAACAAUUGUGAGGCUCUAUGGUGGUAUCAAGAGACUGGUGCAGCUACUGGAGUGUGUUCCUGAUUCAGCAACACUCAGCGCAGAGCAGGUUAAGGACAUUGACGUGGCGUGCUGUGGGGCUUUGGCCCUGUGGAGCUGUAGCAAAAGUUCCAGGAACAAGGAAGCCAUUCGUAAGGCUGGGGGCAUCCCUCUGCUGGGACGCCUGCUCAAGUCAACCCAUGAGAGCAUGCUUAUACCUGUGGUUGGCACCCUGCAGGAGUGUGCCUCAGAGGAGUGUUACAGGAUUGCCAUUCAGGCGGAAGGCAUGGUCAAGGGUUUGGUCAAAAACUUAAGCUGGAACAAUGAUGAACUACAGAUGUACUGCGCUAGUGCAAUCUUCAAGUGUGCAGAAGAAAAGCAAACUCGUGAUCUGGUGCGUCAGUACCAGGGUCUGCAGCCUCUGGUAUCACUGCUCAGCAAAACGGACAACAAGCAGCUUCUGGCUGCCACAACCGGGGCCAUCUGGAAGUGUUCCAUCAGUGUGGAGAAUGUGGCUAAGUUUCAGGAAUAUAACGUCCUGGAAAUUUUGGUUGGCUUGCUGACUGAGCAGCCUGAAGAAGUGCUCAUCAAUGUAGUUGGAGCGCUGGGGAGGUGUGCCCACAUACCUGCUAAUAAAGUCAUCAUUCGAAAAUGUGGUGGAAUCGAGCCACUCGUUCAGCUGCUCACCAGAACAAACAAGGUGCUGCUUGUGAAUGUAACCAUGGCAGUGGGUGCCUGUGCUACAGAUAUGGAGAACAUGGUAAUUAUUGAGAGCCUUGAUGGAGUUUGCAAACUGUGGUCAUUAUUAAACAACCCCAAUGUGGAUGUUCAGGCCAGUGCUGCAUGGGCCAUUUGUCCAUGUGUUGAGAAUGCAAAGGAUGCAGGGGAAAUGGUGCGGUCCUUUGGUGGUGGAUUGGAACUGAUUGUUAAUUUGCUCAAGUCAACAAACAAUGAAGUUCUGGCAAGUGUGUGCGCAGCCAUUACCAAAAUAGCCACAGACAAGACUAAUCUGGCAAUCAUCACUGAUCACGGGGUUGUUCCACUGUUGGCAGAAUUGACUAAUACAAGAAAUGACAGGCUCCGUUACCACCUAGCUGAUGUGAUCGGCCAUUGCUGCAUAUUGGGUUGCAACAGGAUUUCUUUUGGGGAAGCUGGUGUCGUAGCCCCCCUGGUUCAUUACCUCAAGUCAAGCAACAGUGCAGUGCACCAGACAACAGCCCAUGCACUGUUCCAGCUAUCCAAAGAACCCAACAAUUGCAUCACCAUGCACAAGAAUGGAGUGGUCAGGCCGCUGAUCGCCAUGAUGGGCUCCGACGAUGAGGCACUACAGGAAUCUGCUGCAGGAUGUGUAGCCAACAUCCGACGGUUGGCUUUAACCAUUGACAAGUGCAAAUAUGGUUUGAAGUGAUACACACAACAGCAGCCCUCUGGCAGUCCUACUGUUCUUACAAGUGUCUGUUUACAGUACAAGUUUCAAAUGUGUUUAAAAAAUGUGUGUGUGAGAAAAAAAUGUUUUCAUGACUGUCAAAAGUAUUUUGGCUAUAGAUAGUAAUUACAAUAUGUUUUUGCCUGUUCUUGAUCUGUAUUUGUACCUUUGCUCAGUUUAGUUCCUCUGCUAACUGGUAGAGGAAGGUGGAGGUCCAGUCUCUUGGAUGGUGAAACUCAAAAGGUGAAAAGUUUGUGAAGAAGUGUUCCCUAGGGCAUGAAAGAGUUAAAUACAUUUAGCUAGUGAUCUGAAUCUGCCGUACCUCAGAAUUUAUCCUUUUAUUUAUUUCCGACGAGGCACUACAGGAAUCUGCUGCUGGAUGCGUAGCUAACAUCUGACGGUUGGCUUUGGCCACUGACAAG